AUGUGCCAAAUUGGAGCGGAAGCUGCAGGAGAAGGAAAAAAAAUUCAGUCGAUGGAAGAUCAGCACCAAUUGCAAUUCCCGCUAUUGAUGCAUGAGACGAUGCGUAGUUUACGUUUGCUGGAGGAUCAGCAAUCGGAUCAAACAGCAAAUGAUUGGCCGCUUUCGCAUUCUGUAAUAAGUGGCAUGGCUCAUGAAAGACGAGAUGCUGAUGUUCACAUUCAUGAAUACGAGCAACAGAUUGCAGAGCUGUAUGAGGAGCAUCAGCAGGAGAAACUGAAGAAUGAGAUGCUGAGCACGUGUCUACGUGAUCAAAAGCACGCUAAGGCAAAAUUGAUAAAGGCGUGUAAACGCGCAAAGCAGGAACUUCAAGUAGUGAAAGAUAGCGGGCUAAGCCAAAUGCUGGCGGAUAUCGAGGCCAGAUGUGAUGCUUUAGAGAAGGAGAAUGCUCGAAUUGCAAAUGAACUAUUGGUUGAACGCUCUCUGCGCGAAAAACAGGAAGCUGAAAAAGACAUCCUCGCUAAGCAGCUUGAAGAUUUGCGUUUCCAGUUUACAAAAUGGGAAGGCAUUGUCGCUAGGAAAAACGAAAAGCUACAGCAAUCACGAGAUCAAAUUUGUGAACACCAGCUAACGAUCGAUAACUUGAAAGCUGACUUGAAGUUCGGAAAUCAUCAAGCUGUGCACUCGCAAGAAGACGACUAUGAAGAGAUCGCGCGAUUAAAGCACAUUAUCAGUGUGGAAAGAGCAGCCUCUGACGAAACAAAAAAAUACCUCAGCACGAUUUCAGCAGAAAAUGGUAUCUUACGUGAACAGCUCGCUACGAAAAAUGAAAGCAAGCCCUUCGAAGAGCGUAUUGCUACUUGUGUAGCUCAUGAUACGCUCAAUCGAGUGCUCGUUCAGGUUCGAUUUAUCAAAUGUAAGCUAAGCACACUGAAAAAGCUUGUAAAAACGUAUGAGGAAACGAAUUCCAUUGACAUCAGUAUCCUCGAUGAAGGGAGCCGGUUUCAGGCGGAACACUCUCAGGAUGACAAUCCACGCUCAUGUGAAGAGUAUGCAAUACAGCUAUCUGGAGGUGUAUUGGAAACAGCUCGUUAUCUAUCUGAGCUGCAAGAGGUAGUCGAAGACAUAUGUGCUCGACGAAUGGGAAAUUCUUGCGCAUUACAAUAA